CAGAACAUCAAUUUACCCGAACAACUUUCCUGUCAAUCCACAUGCAGAGAAAUCUGUACAAACAGUUCCAGGCGGAAAUGGUCGGUCUUUUGAAUACGUCACUCCGUCGAAUAAGGAAGGGGACGUCAUCUUAAACUGGGUGUCAGAGUUUAAAUAUGUCGUGGAUAAGGGAAGGUGAAUUGAACCUCAUUGAGAAGCUCUCAGCCAACAUACUGAAGGCUGGCCCGAUGCCCAAACAUGUGGCCUUUAUCAUGGAUGGCAACCGGCGCUACGCCCGCAAGCGUCAGGUGGAGCGCCAGGAGGGACACACACAGGGUUUUGACAAACUGGCAGAGACACUACGCUGGUGCCUGAACCUGAGCAUCCAUGAGGUCACAGUGUACGCCUUCAGCAUCGAGAACUUCAAGCGGUCUAAAGACGAGGUGGACGGCCUCAUGGAGCUGGCCAAGCAGAAGUUCAUCAGACUGCUAGAAGAACAGGAUAAUCUGGAGAAGCAUGGGGUGUGCAUCCGGGUGUUGGGAGACCUGACACUACUGCCUCUGGACCUGCAGCAGCACAUAGCCCGGGCUGUGGUGGCCACCAGGACUCAUAACAAAUGCUUUCUGAACGUGUGCUUUGCCUACACCUCAAGACAUGAAAUCGCUAAUGCCGUCGGAGAGAUGGCUUGGGGCGUGGAGCAGGGACUUAUCAAAUCCAGUGAUGUGUCGGAGGCCCUGCUGAGUCGGUGUCUGUACAGCAGUAACUCUCCCAAUCCUGACCUGCUCAUUCGCACGUCUGGAGAGGUGCGACUCAGUGACUUCCUGCUGUGGCAGACGUCCCACUCCUGCUUAGUGUUCCAGUCAGUCCUGUGGCCAGAGUACUCCUUCUGGAACCUGUGUGAUGCCAUUCUGCAGUAUCAGCUCAAUCACAGACCUCUUCAGAAAGCCAGAGAUCAACACAGAGAGGGACAGGCCCUACAGCAGCAUGAGGCAGACCGGGCCUGUUUAGCAGACCUCCUACAGCACCACGGCAAUGGAAAGCCCCUGGAUGCCCAGAGGAGACGGGAAGCACUGCUCAACUACACUGCCAGCCGAGAGGAACGGGUUCAGGACUUCCUUGGUGCACUCCAGCACAAGAGAGACUCCUUCCUUACUGACUUAACCAGCCAAGCUGCUCUGGCAUAAAUAUGGGAUGAGGGGAACAUAAUGCUCCCCAUCUUGAAUUGGGGGAGCAAUCUCUUCCUCUUCCCUAAAGUGCUGAGUGGUUUUAAACUUCUUAUUUUGUAUGAGUGAUUUUACCCCUAUGGGGCUGUAUGUGGGAUAUUUAUGUGUAUAUUCUAAAAGACAAGUCUGAUCAAAGUCUAAUAAAAAGUCUGGUAAAGAGCUAA